UUUGCCGAGAUGGAUUUCAUUCUUCAUUGACGAGAAGGAAGACACAGAUUAACUACCUGCAACGACACAAACUACUUUACAUUACAAAGCAUAUUGCACUGAGGACAGAUGGACACCAUUUGGUUUACAGUUUGGUGUGUUGUAUUCUCCAGUGCUCAGGCCUUACCAGGAGGGCCUGCUGAAGACAGACGAUGUACCUCAGGAUUUGAGGGCAAAAUAAUUUUAUUUAAGGUGACUGGAAAGCAUCUGAGGCAGGGCACAAUUUUGGGAAAAGUGAACUUCACCGACUGUACAGAUGGCACAGAGUUUGUUUUCACCAGCAGUGAUGAGGAUUUCAUGGUUCACACUGAUGGGACAAUAAUGGUUAAGAGGCGUGUGUAUCUUCAAGAGGGACAACGAAACUUCUUCAUCCACUCUUGGGAUUCACAAGGCCAGGAAAUGAUUGUCUCUGUUGUGGUACAGCACAAUGGGGACCAUGAAGUAGCCCCAAGUCUCCAGAAAAUGUUUCCCCCAAAGGCAUUCACAAAUAACUUAGAGGAUUUCCUGAAAUCUAGUGGGGGGCUGAGGAGGAGGAAGAGAGCCUGGGUUAUCCCUCCACUUAGUGUUUCUGAGAAUAGCAGAGGACCAUAUCCCCUGCGUCUUGCUCAGAUACGCUCUGAUGCAGACAAUGUAAAGAUGAUUCAUUACAGCAUCACUGGUCCUGGAGCAGAUCAACACCCUGUUGGUCUUUUCACCAUUAACAGGAUCAGUGGUCAUCUUUAUGUCACACAGGAACUGGACAGAGAGAAACAGGACAAGUACAUGCUUCAAGGACAUGCUGUGGCAGAAGGAGGUGCCGGACAUUCAGAGGACCCGAUGGAUAUUGUAGUCAUUGUAAUUGACCAAAAUGACAACAAACCAGUCUUUAAUCAGUCUAUCUAUAUGGCAGAAGUUCCAGAGGCCUCACUUAAUGGUUCUGAGGUGAUUGAGGUCAAGGCCACAGAUGCGGAUGAACCAGAUUCUGACAACUCAGAGAUUCGCUAUCGUAUUUCCAGGCAGGAGCCUGAAGAACCCAGUCCAUCAGUGUUUGUAAUUAACCCAGUGACCGGAGUCAUCACGGUAAACGCUGAAGCACUGGACAGACAGAAAUACCCUCAGUACACUCUGCUGGUAGAAGCAGCAGAUAUGGCGGGAGAAGGAUUGACUGAACAAGUCAAAGUAAUAAUCACUGUGUCAGCAAACAAUAAUAAUCCUUCAGUCUUCUCUCAGCCUGCUGAUUUCCUGAAAUCUAGUGGGGGGCUGAGGAGGAGGAAGAGAGCCUGGGUUAUCCCUCCACUUAGUGUUUCUGAGAAUAGCAGAGGACCAUAUCCCCUGCUUCUUGCUCAGAUACGCUCUGAUGCAGACAAUGUAAAGAUGAUUCAUUACAGCAUCACUGGUCCUGGAGCAGAUCAACACCCUGUUGGUCUUUUCACCAUUAACAGGAUCAGUGGUCAUCUGUAUGUCACACAGGAACUGGACAGAGAGAAACAGGACAAGUACAUGCUUCAAGGACAUGCUGUGGCAGAAGGAGGUGCCGGACAUUCAGAGGACCCGAUGGAUAUUGUAGUCAUUGUAAUUGACCAAAAUGACAACAAACCAGUCUUUAAUCAGUCUAUCUAUAUGGCAGAAGUUCCAGAGGCCUCACUUAAUGGUUCUGAGGUGAUUGAGGUCAAGGCCACAGAUGCGGAUGAACCAGAUUCUGACAACUCAGAGAUUCGCUAUCGUAUUUCCAGGCAGGAGCCUGAAGAACCCAGUCCAUCAGUGUUUGUAAUUAACCCAGUGACUGGAGUCAUCACGGUAAACGCUGAAGCACUGGACAGACAGAAAUACCCUCAGUACACUCUGCUGGUAGAAGCAGCAGAUAUGGCGGGAGAAGGAUUGACUGAACAAGUCAAAGUAAUAAUCACUGUCAGCAAACAAUAAUAAUCCUUCAGUCUUCACUCCGCCUGCUAGAUUUCACAUACUGGAACAGGAACCCUAGUCAUUCACCUCACAGAUUCCAAUGAUAACGUCCCAACAACGUAGGACUGAGGUUCUCCUACACAAGGAGUUCUUCUAUUGUGGAUGAGACCUUGUUUUGGUGUGGAUAGUGUGUUUAAAAAUGAUCUUUGCUAUGCUGGUUUUAUUUUAAGUUUAAGUGUCUUUCAGCCAUUCUUUGCAGGUUUUUAUUUGUCUGAAGGGGAUACAGGAAUAUUCUAUUCCUGCAGCUGUCAGUAUAGGUAAAGGUUAAUACUUUAGAGUCAGUUCUGAUUUUCUUUUUCUCUACACGUUUUCAAUGGAAAGAGUACAAUGAUGGGAACUAGAUGGCGAUUUGGCUGUAUGAUUCAUGGUUUCCUCCAUCCAUUUGCCAUGAAAUAAUACACUGUGAUGACAACAUGCAAUUUUACUCAAUUAUUUCUCUAAUAAAACGUUUAAGCUCCUUUAAGACAAACACACAGGAGCAUUUGUUAAAGGUAAAUUUUUAAUGUGUAAUGAUGCCAAAUGGUUAAUUGACAACCUAUUGUUGCCUCUCAGUAGGAUUUAGGUCCUGGUGUUUAGCGUUUAACAUCAUGAAUUGUUUCAACAUGGAAACUCUAUCUUAACUUUAAGUUGAAUUGUCCCAUGGUUCACCUAAACAAUUUCACUUUGUCAACACUAUAGCAAAAACUAACUCAUAGGUUCAAAUUCAAGAAGAGCUAUACUGGCUCUUUGAAUCUUUUACUUUAGAAUGUUUCAAAAUGACAGAGUAAAAAAAAAAAAACUAAAACGUUCAAUGGUUUAAAACUAUUUACUAUUGCCUCAGGUUUCCUGAAAUUCAUUUAGGUAGUAACAUACAGCCAUAUUCAAUAAAUUUGAAUUUUAUUUAGAAGUUCAUUUAUUUCAGUAACUCAUUUCACAAAGUGAAGCACAUUAUAUUGAUUAAUUACACACAAAGUCAUUUUACAAGACUUUAUAAAAACAUGACAUUCAAGAUAAAAAUAUUACACCAGGCCAGUUUUAAAAUGAAUGCAAAAAUGUGGGUUUAAUGAAACGUAUUCUGAAUACUUGCUUAAAGAUUAUUUCCAAAAGGUACUUUUAAUCUGACAAACAAGCCUCAUUGGAACACACAUUCUAAUUUACUGAAUGUGUCUGUAGAAGAUAGAUAUUUAGAAAUGUGUAGAUUUACAGAGUGAUACCAUGUGUCUUUGCAGGUUUCAUAUACAUUGGUUUGAACAUAAGCUUCACGCUUUUUGAAAACCCAAUUUGUAUUUCCAUUUGUUAUUGGUGGUGGCAGUUUAUUACUCUAAUUUUGUUAAGCAACAUCUUUCACUAAAUACAAAUAAAACUUUGGUUUAAACUGCA